AUGGCCUUCAAUGUGUUCUAUAUAUUCUUCAGGGCCCUUGCUACUGAUGCUGACAGGGAGUUACUUGCUGCAAAGGGCAGCGUUCCAGUUGGUAUUGGAAAGAAUUCACACAUCAAGAGAGCCAUUAUUGACAAGAAUGCUCGAAUUGGUGCCAAUGUGAAGAUCAUUAACAGUGACAAUGUACAAGAAGCAACAAGGGAAACGGACGGAUAUUUCAUUAAGAGUGGGAUUGUGACAGUAAUCAAGGAUGCCUUGAUUCCCAGUGGAACUGUAAUCUGAGGAAGUUUGCUGCUAAGUAGUACAGGCACCGUUCCAUUGGUUAUUCUCGAGAAAGUAAAUGCAAAGGCAUG